CGCCGAUCCACGCUAGAACGCGCCAUGCCGGCCGAUGCCGCUGCCGCCGCGCCCGCCCCCGCCCCCGCACCGCAUCCACCUCCGGCGAUCCUGGACGCUCGCACGGGCGGCCGCAUCCUACGCCGCGCGGCGGGGCAUCUCGUCCACCCAGCCUCUCUCCCGCCGCUCCUCCUCGCGGCGCUCCUCCUCCUCCUCUUCCGCUCCGCUCUCCUGGCUGGCACGCUCCGUCUCGCCUCCUUUGCUGACCGCGACCCGGCCCUCCGCUCCCUUCUCGCCCGCCUCUCCUCUCCCAAUCCGCCAUCGCCGCCGCCUCCCCCACACCACCUCCCGCGACGCCGCUCGCCGUUCACCUCCCCCUCGUCCUCUCUCUCCGACGAUGAUAUCCUGGUCAGCCCCCUCGAUCCCACCGCCUCAACUCCCUCCAGCCGCCGCAACGCCUCCUACCACCAUGUCCAAUUCACCUCCUACUCCACCGUGCCCAAACCCUAUACGUUGCCGCUCCCGGCCUCCGCUUCCCCCUUCUUCAUCGCCGUCUAUAAUGAGACGGCGCCUCCGAAGCCCGCCUCGCGGCGGGGCAGCGAGCUUGGCCUGCUUGACUUGACCAGGCGGGACGCAGCGGCCAUCGUCAACCUCCUCGCGCUGCUGUCGUCCGCACAUAUCUUCGCGAUCCUCGGGUACAUCGCCGUGCACUCCAUUGCGCUGGGCGCAGUGUUUGCGUCCGUGGCGGGGCACCACAGACCUGGGCAGCGUCUAGUGUUCCUCCUCACCGGUGCUGCCAAGGGCGCUAAGAGACUCACAGGGUUCGCGUUCCUCCGGUGGGCCACGAGGGACGCCGUUGUGCAGAUGCUCUGCCUCUGGUUCUUUGCCGAUGUGCACGACCAGGCCCAGCUGUUCAGGCUCUUUGUGGUCGCCAAACUCAUGCCAUUCUCCGCUUCUGUUAAUCCGUGGCUUGGUGCAGCGGUUGCAGGCCCAGAGCUCGGUGGUUUCUUUGUUGCCUGGGCUGUUUUUGAUGCAGUUGUAUCGGUUUUGUUCACUGUGGUGCCUUGGGUGGUUGUCAUGGACCGUGAUCCACGGCCGCCUGGGCGCAAUGCUGUGAAGGAAGGGUGCUAUCUUGUAUCUCUGAUGGCAACUGAUGCCACAAUGCUCAAGUGCUGGGAAACAGUUGUUUGUGGCAGCAUGGGGCGGCUCAUCAUGGUGACAUUUGGUGGAAAGGUUUUUGGUGGAUUUCUGCAUUCAAUUGCGCAGGUCUACUUCAUGGUGGUAUGGCUGCUGUUCUACUUUGCAGCAAGGUGUAAGGAGGUGAGGCUGGGUGGUCGUCAAUUUGGACUGGAGGAUGUUGCAGCUGCUCUUGAUGGAUUUAGGUAGUGUCUAGUUGCCGCUUGCCGCCUGGAUCAUACAUGAAGAGAGGUAUAUUUCAUGGCCCAUAGUGUUUAUUGAUGAAACGCUGCUGGUCUUGGCUAAGUAGAGGUUUUUUUAGUUAUCUUGGUCUUCUAAAUCUUGCUGAGAUGGUAAAUGAUUUGGAUGAGAGAGAGAACUUGACAAUGUUGUAUGUACAGUUUUUGCCACAGAGUGGUAAUCUGCUUAUAGUCCACCACAUGGCAUACAAAGAAAGGAUGUUUGGUCCCCUUUUCCAUGGAAGGUUAGAAGCAAGAUACCUGGUGA